AUGGCGCUCCUUGCUGCGCUGGCCCGCAGCGGCGGACGAGCAGCAGCAGCAGCAGCAACAGCAGCAGCAGCAGCAGCAGCAGCAGCGGUGCGGCCCAGGGUUGCUGCGGUGGCUCCCGCGUGUCUCAGGUGUACAUACACCCCACAACGAUGCAGCAGCAGCCACAGCUGCCAAGACAGCGGCAGCAGCAACAGCAGCGGCAAAAAUAACAGCAACAACAGCAGCAGCUGCGACAGCAGCAGCAGCAGCAGCAGCAGCAGCAGCAGCAGCAACCCCAUCGACAACGUGAAGCUCAUUAAGGACGAAGUCGUCUACAGAGGAUGGAGAACAAUAAAAAAGCGGACAGUUUGCUUCCCGAACGGCAGCAAACACUCUUUUGAUGUUUCGGAUGCUCCGCCUGCUGUUCUUUGUCUUCCUUUCUUUUCCAAAACCAAAACCUUCACUGUGCUCAGAGAGUAUUGCCCCGGCCCGCAGAAAGGGCUUUACUGUGUGGUCUGCGGCCUCUUCGAGGCGAAGCACCGCAGCGUAGAGCACUGCGUGGCUUGCGAGGCUGAGGAGGAGGCGGGGGUGCGGGGCGGGCGUUUGGUGCCGGUGAUGAACAACACUUCUUUGCUGCUGCCUGGGGCCAAAUAUACAGCCCAGCCCUUUAUCCCCUAUUUAAUAAUUGACGGAGAAAAGGUGAGCAGCGGGAGGCUUGCUGCUGACGAAGACGAGCUGCUGGAAAGCCACGAAGUUUCUCUCGAAGAAGCUUUGGGUCUUGUCUUCGGAGGCCACAUGACCAGCACCGGAGCCAUGAUGGUGCUGCUCGGAGUCAAGAAGCUGCAGCAGCUGCAGCUCCUCUAG